AUUCGAACCGAGUAGCGCCUAGUUCAAGCAUAAAGCUACGCUGAUGGGUGGCGAUAAUUCUAAGCUAGGCUAUCGAAAUGCAGUUAUACAACUCACUACGAAAACCCAACCUGUUGAUUCUAACGAUGAUAACUUCUGGGACCAGUUUUGGGCUGAACAUCCGAUGUCUAUCCAAGAUAUUUUUGCCCUUAUCCCUGCAGCCGAAAUCCGAGCUUUAAGAACAGAAGCCCCAAAUAAUCUAGCUACCUUGUGCUAUAAAGCCAUUGAGCGUAUUGCACAAGUGUCUGAGUCUGCCUCACCAACCACCAAAGACCAAACUACAGUUCUUAACUGCAUUCGGUUGCUAACCAGGUUAUUGCCAUUCAUAUUUGAAGACACCGAAUGGCGCUCGUUUUUCUGGUCACCUCUCCCAGUUGAUCCCUCUGUAUCCCGAGAACAGGUUGAAUUUGUUCCACUUGCUCAAAGUUUACUGUCAGCACUCUGUGAUCUGCUAUUCUGUCCAGAUUUUACGGUGCAUUCCAUUUCCAAAUCUGGUCCUGAAGGCCCAGAAGAUAUGCAUACUAUUGACAGUUGUGAGUAUAUCUGGCAGUCUGGUGUGGGAUUUGCACAAGCUCCUGCGGUAAACGCCAUUCAUGAUUCUAAUCGGACAGAAAUUCUCAAACUUAUUUUGACUUGUUUUUCUGAAACUAUGUAUUUGGAACAAGAGGAGGCUCACCGUUCUGAAAAUAGAUGGGUUGCAUUUUUCACGAGUACGGUGAAUCGUCACGCACUGCCAUUAUUUGCUUCCUUGUUAAACGUUGUUUGUGCAUAUGAUCCAGUUGGUUUAGGUGUACCAUACAAUCACCUUAUGUUUUCUGAUUCACGUGAACCUCUAGUCGAGGUAGCUUUACAGAUACUAUGUAUAACCUUAGAACCUGAUCAUAUGAUAUCAAGUCCUACCUAUUCGAAUGCAUCAUUUCGUGAUUUAAACUCUUCUCACAACCAUCCUUGUUCAGAUGUUGACGAACAGUUAAGUUUAAAUGGUACUGGGAUGACUAGUCAAAAUAGUGGGAAUGGAGAUGCAUGGAAUAACGAGAUGAAUCUGUUCGUAAAUUACAUGUCUCGUAUACACAGAGAUGAGGAUUUCGCAUUUAUUCUCUCUGGAAUAACUCGCUUAUUAAAUAAUCCAUUAGUACAAACAUACCUUCCUGGAUCCAGCAAAAAAGUUCAAAUGCAUCAGGAACUUUUAGUGUUCUUUUGGCGAAUAUGCGAAUGCAAUAAGAAAUUUAUGUAUUACGUGUUAAAAUCAAGUCAAGUAUUAGAUUUACUUGUACCUAUACUCUAUCAUCUUAAUAAUUCUCGUAAUGACCAAUCUCGUAUAGGAUUAAUACACGUUGGUGUAUUCAUCUUAUUAUUACUUAGCGGUGAAAGAAAUUUUGGUGUGCGUUUAAAUAAACCUUAUCGCCAUCGUUCCUUGUUAGAUGUCCCAGUGUUUACAGGAACACAUGCUGAUUUAUUAAUCAUAGUUUCUCACAGAUUAAUUACAAGCGGACAUAAUCGUCUAAAUCCUUUAUUCGAUUGUUUGCUAACAAUCAUAGCUAAUGUUUCACCUUACUUGAAAAGUUUAUCUAUGGUCUCAUCAAACAAAAUAUUACAUUUAUUGGAUGCAUUCAGUCAGCCAUGGUUUUUGUACAGUAAUCCAUCAAAUCAUCAGUUAGUCUUUCUGUUAUUAGAAGUAUUCAAUAAUAUUAUUCAAUAUCAAUUUGAUGGUAAUAGCAAUUUGGUAUAUACUUUAAUAAGGAAACGUCAAAUAUUUUAUCGGCUAGCUAAUUUACCCACUGAUCAACCUACUAUUCAUAGUAUAGUUAAUAAACAAAUGAAAUCCCAAAGUAGUGGUCAUAUUACAAUGGAAUCUACUACUACUGUUCCUUCUAGUACUUCAUCUCGAACUUCUAGCAGCAGUGGUGGGAUUAAAAAAUCUCCUGUUGAAACUUCUGUUUGUAAACCUUUACCAAUAUCGGAAGUAGCAAAAUCAUCAUCUACUUCCACUUGUUUAUCUGUUGAAUCAUCUGUUUAUCAUAAUGACGAUAAUGAUAAUGUUGGUAAUGGUAAUGUUGACAAUUCAAGUAUUGUCGAGUCCAUGGAUCAAGUAUCUUCUCGGGUUUGUUUUGUUUCGUUUAUGUGUAUAGAGUAAAAAUGGAAUGCUUUGCUUAUGUUUCUAUCGAUUUUCUACACAAGAUCUUCAUCGGCAAAGUUAUUUAUAAGUUCUCAACAGACCCUCAAUCGAUCUAACUUUCUUCUAGUAGGAAAUGUCAGUUUCAAUUGAGAAAAGUAAAAAAAAGGAUAAAAAAAUUCAUCUCAAUGUAUAUCUUGAUCAGUAGCAUCUAAACUGUCGAUGCUUAUGUAUACAAAUCAAUAAACUGAUGGUUUGGAAAGGUUUAUGCUGUUGUUAAUUUGAAUAAUCUAUUCUGACAAUCAUUAUACAAUUCAUUCCAAAAGUGAACUGUAUCUUCGAUGCCUAAUUUUUUCUGUUACUACUCAAUAGAAGACCCUCGCUCCUUCUGGAACACUUGUUUAGACUCUGAUCGUCCUCUAAUAGUAGCACGCAUUUGCUUGCGCCCUACUAUAAGCAGAGAAACCACACUAAGAAGACCCAUAAGAGUUGGAUUCAACGAUGAGAAAACCAAAGAUAAAUUCCAAGAACAACUGAGACCACACUUAGGCAAUUUCGAAAAUGAGACUGACCGAGAUGUUGCUUAGAAUGAUAUACGAACAGCUGUGGAAACAGCGGCGACAUCUACUAGUGAUUUAAACCAAAGGGUUACGAAACACCAGUGGAUUUCUGCAACAUCUCUUGCACUGAUAGACUCUCGUAAACUCUGAACACGAUGAAGAGUGAAAACAGAUCAGGUCUAGGUUAACUAAAGUCUACAAAACGAUCGUGAGCAGUGAUAGACAACGAAAGCAAAAGUGAUAGAACCGGCGGCGACUGUAUGUAGCACCAGACAGCUUUUCAGACUAAUAAAAGAAACUGGAAUUAAGAUGUCGAGUGUAAGUGAGACGGUCUCGGAAAAGAACGACACCCUUAUCUGCUCUCAGCUCAGACGUUUAGAACGAUGCAAGAAACACUUUGAGGAGAAGUUCAGCUGGCCUUCAGCUACUCUACAACUACUCACUAUUCUCAUAUAGCCUGAAUGGAACAUUGAAGUGACCCUCCCGACCCUAAUUAAAGUUCAAAAAGCCAUAGAUAAUCAGAAACGAGGAAGAGCAGCUAGUCCAGAUUGAUUAACUACAGAGGUUUUUAAGGAUAAUGGUCUAGUUUUAGCGAUUAGGUUGACUAAUAUUAUAGCUCAAAUAUGGGAGUUGGAUGUGAUCCCAUCUGACUGGUCGCAAUAACUAAUCGUCUCAAUAUAUAAGAAAGGAUCAUCCUUUGAUAACCACAGGGGGAUUAGUUUGACUAAUAUAGCAUCUAAAAUACCAGCCUCAAUAAUUAUCGGAUGCCUAACAAAGACUCGUGAACUGCAAACACGCGAAAAUCAGGCUGGUUUUAGAUAUGGUCGUGACUGCAUCGACCACAUAUUCACCAUUCAUCAGAUUCUAGAACACAGAUAUGCUUAUCGGCGUCCGACAAUGAUAGUUUUUCUUAACCUAAAAACAUCAUUUGACUCUGUAGACCGAGAGGUUUUGUGGUAGUGUCUGUCUGUAACCUCAAGUAGUGCCUAGCAAGACUGUCCACUAUCUCCCUUUCUGUUUAAUUUUAUCUCAGACCUAUUGCUGUAAAUAACGUUCUCGUCGACUGAAUUUUCGGGAAUCUUUCUCCUACCAGGAGGUCCACUUAUUGACUUAGAAUACGCAGACAACGUAGUCCUGUUUGGUGAAGAUGCAGUCUUUUAGUAACACUGAGCAACAAUGCCAGGAUGUUUGGAAUGCGUUUUUCCCCCCUUUAAAUGCAAAUUUUUGCUUCAGAACUGACCUGAACUAAGGAUAGGAAGUGAAGUAGUCGAACGCGUUGACAACUUCACUUAUCUUGGAAGUCUGAUCAGUCCUAAUGGGUUGGUGUCUGAUGAAACCUCAGCACAGAUUCAAAAAGCUCGUUUGGCUUGUUCCAACUUACGUCAUCUAUAGCGAAGGCGAGAUAUCUGUCUACCAACUAAGUGACGAGUAUACUGCGCUGCAGUUCGUUCUGUUGUACAUAACGGCUGUGAACCAUGACCAUUAAGAGUAGAAGAUACACGUAAGUUUUAAGUAUUUGAUCAUAGAUAUCUUAGAAAUACUGCUCGUAUCCUCUGGGAUCACUGGGUAUGUAAUAGUGAGGUUAGACGUAGGGCAUUAGGAAAUGAUAGUAAGUCAGUUGAUGAGGUUGUGUCUUCAUCGCCUGAGAUGGUUGGGUCAUGCGUUACGCAUGUCCGACCACCGAUUAUGAGGGUGUGCAAUGCUUACUAGCGUUGGAGACGGAUGGAAGAAGUUAGGAGAGGACAAACCAAAACGUGACACAAGUCCCUGAGGUCACUAACUUGUCUGAGCCAUACCUGUAGGUGAAAACUACUUGGUUUGGGUUCGGGUGACUAUCGUAACCAAAGGUUGGAGUGACAUGGCUCAGAGUCGAUCACAAUCUCGUUUAUCUUUAUGAUUACUUACUGUAUGAUAUUAAGUACUUUUUCAUCCAGAUAUAUAAUUUUACUAUCUAAGUAUUACUCAUAGUAAUAAUAAUCGCUUUAUUUAAGUUUAUGUGUUUAGUUGAAUUUUGGAUUUCCAACUUCUUGGCGGUCUGUUACGCAACCAAACACGGCAUGAAAAAUUUGGUCUCCAAGGAAUUCAAAAAGACCAUGACACAUUCUCUUAUGAACCAGUUGCGGGUUAUUAAUUGAUCAUGUAAUGACUGAAAUCCUACAAAGUUCAGCACCUUAGAAUCUCAAAGUUUACACUACAAUUAUAGCUUUCCCUAUCUUCUUCCUCCAAUGUUCUGUAUAGGUGACUGUGUCAUAUAUCACCUUCUCCUGGAACACCUUCGAAAUGCUAUGUGUCUCAUCGUAAAACAGUCCAGAAAUUAGUUUUACAUCCACGGCAAGCUAAAUGACGAAUGCUAGUCUUUUUAAUAAUCUAAGUUUUGUUACGUAAAAUGUUGCAAUAUCAUUUAGCUCCUCCUUUGCUCAAAGCUUUAGUACGUUUUUGAACGAUCAAAUAUGAUUUAAACCCAAGUACAAUUCGACUUGUAAAAACUAAACUAUAAAAAGUAUUUUCGUAAACUGACAUUUAUUGCUUCAAACUUCCAUAAUUUUAUUUUUCAGUGAUAUCGUCCUUUGAAAAUAUUCUUUUUUUUCAAUUUUUUCUAACCAAGUUAAAUGAACUAAGUGUUGGUAA